CCCCGCCCCACCCUCCUCCCGGAACCUGACCAACCAUGGUGAAUCUGGGCCUGUCCCGUGUAGAUGACGCCGUGGCCGCCAGGCACCCGGGACUCGAGGAAUAUGCUGCCUGCCAGUCGAACGCCUUCAUGAAGGGCGUUUUCACUUUUGUCACAGGCACUGGGGCUACUUUUGGCCUGCAGAUGUUCUUAAAGAGGAAGUUUCCAUACCCUACGCAGUGGAGCUUCCUGGUGUCUGCCGUUGUAGGGUCUGUGACCAGCUACAGAGUGACACGUAUGGAGUGUCAGAAAUGCAGCAACCUCUGGCUGUUCCUGGAGACCGGGCAGCUCCCCAAGGACAUGAGCACAGAACAAGAUCCGGGACUCAAAAGCCACAGACAAGAGAUCACCUGUCUCCCUUUGCCUCUUCCAGAUCCUCACAACUAGAAGAGCUCAGGCUACCAGGGUGUGCAGGAUGUGAAGAGGGACAUCCUAGAGCACAGACCUUAAUAUCAUCUAACUCCAGGCUGGUCCUUCCCACCUCACCAAACACAUACACGCAUCCUCUAGUGUCAUCUCUCUCCUACACAUACGUGCAGCGGGGGUGGGGGGUGGGGGUGGGGGGGCUGCCUGAAAAACCUGUGAAGACAACUGCUGCUCCGAAUCCAGGACUUGCCCAGGAAGCCAGCUCGGCACAAGGCUCUGGAGGGAGGACCUUCCUCCAGAGCAGCAAGGAGCCAGGGCAUCAGGAUGAAUCAGAGAGGUUCAUAUCCUGUUGGCACACAGCCCUUGGGGCAGCAGCCUGCAUGUGGUGAGAGACACUUACGCGCUUCCUCUGGCGCCUUGGGGCCCCUUCUCUGAUCUCUGUGCCUCAAAUCCAAGGAGAAUGUUGGAGAGUUGUAGCUAAUAAAUGGCUUGUUCUUUUUCCUA